UCUUCACUAAUUAAUAUAACCUCUCAGCCUCAGUUAAUUCAUCUGCAGAAUGGGACUAAUACUAUUUCACUGGAUGUUGGGAUGCUGUGUUUAAAGGUGGCUCAAAAAAUGAGUUGGUAUGAUGUCUCCAACGCAUUUUCAACAGGGGUAAUAUCACCCCCACGAAGGCAGAAAUUGGUUUUUUGGGGGCAAAAAAAGCAAUCUUACUCUUUUAGGUAUAUAUAGCACAGAUACACAGUAUAUUUGUGUUAUCAAAAGUUCAUGAGGAGUGGUGAUUAGGAAACAAAAUGUCUGAAAAAGUCUCAGGGAGCAAUAUGGGAAAAGAAGUUGAGAAAUACUGCUCUUAACCAAGAUUUUUCCAACUUGGGUUGUUACUCAUAAAUGUGUUGUGAAAUCAGCUUAAUAGGUCAUAACCAGCAUUUUCGGAGGAAAAAAAUGAAGAGGAAAAAGUGAUAUAGUACAGUGUGCACUGCACAUAAUAAGAAUCAGUAAGUAUUGUGAGAAAGUUCAGGUUCAGUUUGGCAAGGUCUCUUGUGGGUCAUUGUAAAAAAAAUGGUGCAAGUCAUUGCUCUAAACGACUAUUUUUCUUUUUCUCCCCUCAUUAUUUAUCUCUCAGACAAGCCCGUGCAUUCUUGCACUGUUUUACUCUGAAUAGGAAGAACUUGAUAAGGAAAGAAAGAAAUGUGGAAGACAGUGUCCUGCAUCCAAUGAAACUAGGGUCUGACUCUUACCAGCUCACAGCCCAGGACUCUUCCCUUCCUUAUUCCAUUUUCCAGGAUGAAGACUUGAGGCCCACAGAGACUGGCCCAUCAUCAUUCAGGGAAUGGAAGAGCCUAAAUUUGUUUAGCAUUGUAAAAAUUCCAGACAGGCAUGACCCUGCUCUUUGUGCUGGGCUGCAUCUUCUUCCCGUUGAGCUUUGCUCUCCUUUGCUGGAGUCUGCAGAACCACUCCAACCUGAGGAUGGAGAGACCAGAGGCUGUUUUGGUGGCAUCUAAGCUAGUGUCCUCUGUCCAAGCUGUCAUGGCCUCUACAGCUGGCUACAUCGUCUCCACCUCCUGCAAGCACAUCAUUGAUGACCAGCACUGGCUGUCUUCCGCCUACACGCAAUUUGCAGUGCCCUACUUCAUCUAUGACAUCUACGCCAUGUUCCUCUGUCACUGGCACAAGCACCAGGUCAAGGGGCAUGGAGGGGAUGAAGAGGGGACCAGAGCACCGGGCAGCACCUGGGCCGUGGCACGUGGCUACCUGCACAAGGAGUUCCUCAUGGUGCUCCAUCACGCCGUCAUGGUGCUUGUAUGCUUCCCGCUGUCGGUGGUGUGGCGUCAAGGCAAGGGAGAUUUCUUUUUAGGCUGCUUGCUGAUGGCAGAGGUCAGCACCCCUUUUGUCUGCCUUGGCAAGAUCCUCAUCCAGUACAAGCAGCAGCACACGCUGCUGCACAAGGUGAAUGGGGCGCUGAUGCUGCUCAGCUUCCUCUGCUGCCGGGUGCUGCUCUUCCCCUACCUGUACUGGGCCUACGGGCGGCAUGCAGGCCUGCCCCUCCACGCCGUGCCGCUCGCCAUCCCGGCCCACGUCAACCUGGGCGCCGCGCUGCUGCUCGCCCCGCAGCUCUACUGGUUCUUCCUCAUCUGCCGAGGGGCCUGCCGCCUCUUCCGGCCCCGGGGCUCCCGGCCGCCCUCUCCCUGCCAGACCCAGGACUGAGGGUGGGGCCAGGGGGCCCUCCUCACUCCUCCCCCACCCCACCACCGUGGGGCCAGGGCUCUGGGGCUGCCCGGUGGGGAUGGGAGCCAGAGGCCUCUUACCCUGACAGCCCCAGGACUGACAGAUGGACUCCAAAGGGGUGGGGACAUAUCCCCUCUGGGGCUGAGGGCAGGGACCAAGUGAGAUGGAAGGCAAGGAGAGGGGACCUCUUCUCACAGUGCCUGAGCUGAGGCAGGCCCCCUUCUGCAUACCCCUCUCUCCAUCACCACCCCCGGACCUGGAAACGGAAAGGAAGAGGAAGAGGAAGAAGGGCACCCCUUCCCAUCCGCUUAGGGCUUGAGGCUAUGGGGAGCCUGAGGGGACCGGGACUCAAAGAACUGUGGGGAGGCCCUGCUGCCAAGGCCAUCCCAGCCCCUGUGCUGCAAACUCCUCUCAGCUCCCCUUCAUCUGGGAAGGAGGGGCCACCCUUUCUAACUCUGUGCGCUCGCUCGGGGCUGGCUGUCCCCAUCGCUCCUCUCCAGGGGAGGCCAGCCUGAGGAAUCUUAUUUAUUUUAUUUAUUCACCCAAAUUCAAACUUGUUUGUUGGGGCGGGGGGAGGGAAUUGGCUGCUACCCCCCAGCCUUCCCAGUGCUGAGCAACCCCCGGGGCAGGUGGAGGGGGGCGCCGGUCCCUCCCCCAUUAGGCUGCACAUCUUGCCCUCGGGCCCUGGCAUGUCCCUGGUGCUACAGACCUCUCAAGGCUUCCUCCAGUCUGGGGUCGGGGGACCCUGGGAGGUGCUUUACAGACCGCUAAUAAAGAUGAUCUGCGUGAACGCCA